AUGCCCGGCCACGUUGUGAAGAGCACGGGUCCCGACCCCGAUCCCACUGAAUACCUCUUCAUUUCCGCCGAGCAAAGACGCAUCGACCAGACGAAGCCUUACGACCCCAAGAAGUCCGUCUGGGCUCCUGACCAGGCGGAGGGUUUCGUCGAAGCCCAACUCCAGGGCGCUAAAGGAGAGAAGAUGCUGACCGUAAAGCUUCCAAGUGGUGAGAUAAAGGAUUUUAAGAAGGAGCUCAUCGGUCAGGUCAACCCUCCCAAGUACGAGAAGUGUGAGGAUGUGUCCAACUUGACCUUCCUUAAUGAUCCCUCAGUCUAUAGCCUUAACUCGUACCAGGCCAAGCCAUCUACCCCUACUCCGGACUUUUCUGAUCGCGUUAACCCCUAA